GAAAGGAAAAAUCUCUACGUUUUUUAACCACACUAGUCACAUCGCCCAUGGUGGAAUUAAUUAAUUCCACCAUGACAUCGCCCAUCGGUGAUAAAUGGAAAACAGAUUGAGCACGAUUCACGUGAUUCAUGCCGGGAAAAAUUAAUUAUUUUACGAUAUGGAUGACGUAAAUUCUAUGGAGGAUAACACGGUAACAGUUGCGGUCAAAUCCGAAUCACCAACUAUGAGCAAGCGUCAAAAGAAAAGAUUGCUGAGAGAGAAGAAGUGGUUGGAACGAAAAAGCGAGAAGAGAUUGCGAGAGAGGAUUAAAGCGAGAGAGAAACGUGCGUUUGCACGUGCUAAUAACUUGAGCCUAGGUCCUUCCAGAAAGUUCUUAAAGAGAAGUACUAUGGCUGAGAGUGCUUGCACACUUACAGUAACCAUCGACUUGUCGUUUGAUGAGUUAAUGAUUGAUAAGGAUAUCGCUAAACUAACGAAACAGAUACUAAGGUGCUAUACUUUGAAUAGAAGGGCUAUGGCACCCAUGCAAUUUUCCCUUACCAGUUUCACUGGUAAAUCACGAACUAGCAUGGAGAAGCACAAUGGAUACAAGCAUUGGGAUGUGAGCUUUCAUACGGAACCGUACAUAAACAUUUAUCCUAAAGAUAAGAUCAUAUAUCUCACGAGCGAAUCAAACAAUGUGAUAGAUCAUUUAGAACACGAUUGCGUGUACGUCAUAGGUGGUCUCGUUGAUCACAACGCGCAUAAGGGCAUGUGUCAUAAAUUAGCAAGAGAGGCGGGUGUCAGACACGGUCGAUUACCGUUAGAUAAAUUCCUACAGAUGAAAGCAAGAAAAGUGUUGACUAUCGAUCAUGUUUUCGAAAUACUGUUAAGAGUCUCAGAAGGCGAUACCUGGCAAGAAACAUUUUUAAAGGUGUUACCAGAGAGGAAGAACGCUCGUCCAAUCACUUCUGUGCAAUCCAAAGAGAACGAAUCACAAGAUUCGAAACCUAUUGGUGUAAAUAAUGCCGUGCCGGCUGAUAUAGGUAAUAUAGUACCAGUCAAUUCGAAACCUGUUGAUGUAAAUAAUGCAAUGCUGGCUGAUACAAGCAAUGCAAUGCUGGCUGAUACAAGCAAUGCAAUACCAGUUGAUUCAAAAUCUGCUGAUGUAAAUAAUACAAUGCCGAUUGAUGUAAAUAAUACAGUGUCGAUUGCUGUAAAUAAUACAUUAACAGUUAUAAAAGACAUUAAGGAGAGCGGUAUCAAAUCUGAGUGCAAAACAGAUUCGAAAGAAAUCUUAAAUGAGAGUUUCUAUGUAACGUAGAACCGCGAAUAAUGAUGUGAUUAAUAUAAAAGAUGCAAAGAAAACAUUUAAGAAUUCGU